GGAGCAUGACCAAAACGGCCGCAACGACGCCUCACAUCUGGUUUUAUCAGUCGCGAGCUGUUCCAGUUGGGAGGCUUCAAAAUGGAGUAACGCAAGGUUCGCCUGCAACGAGCUAGACAGACUCCGUAGGGGAAUUCCGCAGUCGUGGAGGAUCCUUUUGAGAAUACUACUUCAGGAUAAACACUGCGGUAAAGCACGCCAUUGUACCUGUCACCGAAGUUGUGACUCGUCGUCCACGACAAUUGUUCAAUAUGGAGCCAUCGAAGCAACCGAGCCCCCAAGAGUCUGCUUCUCAGGACGUUAACCCUGUGUUUCUGCAACAACUUCGGGAGCUGGAUAUUCCAGAAGAGGCAGCUAAACAGGCACUCCUGCGCACACGGAAUGUUUCUGCAGAGGAGGCGGCCAUUUUCUACUUCAACAAACUGGAGAAUGAGGUUGCAGCGCAGGUUGGACAUGCUGCUGUGGGGUUGUACCAGGGUCUGCAAGAGAAAAACAGCUGGAGGGAGAUGGCCUGGAAGUGGGACCACGCUGGAGCCAAGAAGAUUGUGGUCCAGGGUACCAAUGUGGCGCAUCUUUUAGAGCUGCAGGCCCAGGCCAUGAGCCUCAGUCUGCCCACUUACCUGGUCCGGGAUGCUGGGCUUACUCAGGUGGCGUCUGGUUCCCGUACCGUCCUGGCUGUUAUGGGUGAAGAGGACAUAGUGAACAACGUCACUGGGAGUCUGAAGCUGCUCUGAAGGCCUCAAAGCCACCGGAGGAAGUAAUGCAUCUGUGAUGCCUCAAAGUGUCCAACAGAGGGCAGCAUUUAGCGAGCAAGUGUGUAACCUUUAAAAACAAACAUGGAGGAGGAGGAGGGGUGCCCUGACAAUUGUUUCCUUGAACUCUAUGUAUUGGUUGCUUUACUGGCCAUUGUGAGUUGAAGAGGUGAGAGAUGAGGUCUUUAACAGGGAUCUAGUAUAGCGGUUUGGGAGUUUUGAAGGUUUUGGUGGAAGUCUUACUCUCAUUCAAAAUGAUGACUGCUGUCAUGACUUAAUUUGGCUUUAUGUUGAAAUCAGUCAAUUAAUUGCAGUUGGCAAGGAGUAUCACAGUUAUGAAUAAUUAUUAAGGAUGCUGACAAUUCCGGCAAAUAAGGUAUUCCUGUGUAACUUGGCCGCCAACUACUGACAUUUAAAACAAUCGUGUCUACUGUAAAUGCAACUUUGUUUCCCCCAAAAUAUGUAAAAGGCUGAAUUCUCUAACUCUACUUGGUGUGGUCCUAAGUGGGUGUAUUUUGGAUAUGUAUGAUAAAGGCAUGGUUUGUUUUUGCCAUAACUGAUGAAAUGAUUCAUGUUAACGUGCAUGUACUUGUUCUACCGACUGUAUUGUUCUUUACGGUUUGUGUGAAUUUAAUCAAUACGCCAAUAGUAUCAAUGAGUGUGUUCUCAAUGAAUAUGUAACUCUCUCGUACACUAAUACUGGUCCAUAGAAUGAUCUUGUUCUAAGACUAAUUUAUCGUGAUCAUUUGCCAUUUGAGAAAUUCCUGCCUUUUCUCAGUUUAGCUUGUUAAAUGACAUGCAUGCAGUAUGACGUAUAAUUAAACAAAACGUAGCCUCCCAUAGUCUCUGUGCCGUUUCAUUAUUAAACUUCCUUGUCGACGUCGCACCAAUUUGCACUGCUUGGUUCAAUGGCCAUUUAGAUUGAUGUUUUAUUUAUUUUUUUGCUCUCAAAUGAGAAAUUUGAUAUGCUUUACGGAGCCUGGAAGGUGGGGGGGGGGGAAUCUUGCAAUAACUUGGCGUCACCUCCCAAUUGCAAUGCGAAAUAACGCAGCGAUUGCGUUAUCCUGCGUUCCGACGCAGUCUUUUUGAAUACGGUUAAUGUACUUCCCGGUCAACUUUCAGGUAAACAUGCAACGACGAGUUAAUUGGAUUCUAUUUUGAAAUUGGCCUCAAAUAUACAAAAUGCAAUCAGUUCUUGAUGUUAAACGCGGUUUCCAAAUUGGCAAAAGAGAUGUGAAACGAGUGCUAAACAAUUUGGUCGAAAACGCCUUGUCAACUGCCCUGCUGGAAUUUAUUGAGCGAGAGAAAGUCGGCUGGGUGUUUGAUAUUCGCCUGACCUUCAGUUUUCACGCGCUCGUACUGGGCCUCAUACCUACAUUUUCGACUAUCACGUCGUAUGUGGAGGACCAUUUUGCAAACUGUCUGUUGCAAACUGUCCACUAAUGUGCCUGAGGAGCAUCUGCACCAUUUGCACAAUCGACUGAGUAGUAUCUGCAACAUUUGCACAAUCGACAUUGUCCCAGACUAUCGCACGACUUGUCACGUUAAACGGCGUACGUUUCUUGAAGUCUCGGCGCCCUUUGCACAAUGGUCACUGCGCCGGACUUGCGCUAUUAGUCGUUCAAACUGCUCUAAUUGCUAGAGGACAUCUUUUUGCACAAUUGUCAAAAAAAUAACACAAAUUGUACCGGCAUUACCAGAUUACUAGCAACCUUUUAUUGCUCAGUCACUGUUUGUCUCCAUGUCUUUCUGUCUCCAAAGUGUUCUCUGUCAAUUGACCGUCUGUUGUCGUACUAGAGCGGCUCCAACUACCGGAGACAAAUCCCUUGUGGGUUUUUUGGACAUACUCGGCAAAUAAAGAUGAUUCUGAUUCUGAUAUGCAAUAACGGCGCUUGAUUCGACAUGUCUCUGACCAUCUGUGUUAGGGGCCGUCUACAAAUUACCCAUCCCAUGGCGAC